AUGUCUUCCUUCUGGGAAACCAUGAACUGCACUCACCUGGACAAAUCCAACAAACUGCUACACCCAUCGCCGUUAAUGUGGAUCAAUCGUGAUUCGAUAAACUGGGUUGACGGAAGUUUGUCCUCGCACUCUCCCAUGUCGUCCGAUUCUAUAUCUCCGAUGCGUUCGCCAGCCGAAGACACCCAGAUGAUGGAGUGUUCCUCCAACAACGAACUUCCUCCACCAGCACCUAUUCGCAAAAUUCGCAACGUUCGGAAAAGCGACAAGCAUCAUUGCUCGGUUUGCGGUGAUCGGCCUACCGGAUACCAUUACGACGUGCUCAGCUGCAAUGGUUGCAAGACAUUCUUCAGAAGGACCAUCAUCAAUAACAGAAAUUUUCAAUGUACCAAAGGAGGAAAUUGUCAAUUCACAAAAGACUUCCGUUGCGCUUGUCGUGCUUGCCGUUUCGAAAAAUGUGUCCGUGUUGGUAUGAACCCAUCCGCUAUCCAAUUCCCUGGAGCUGGAACUAAACAAUCACAUGCCGAAGCGGAUGAGCAAGAUAGUGCAGAUGAUGAGUCUCCAGGAAACGGCCAAGAAUGUCAAGAUAACAAGGCCUUGGCAAUAAUCCCAUUUGCAUCAAGCCCAAUCAGAGAAACCACAAUACACACAUACAGAUGGGUUGAUGAUAUCUUCCGUCGAGAGGAUGCAGUCUUGCGACACCGUGUCCCUGGGACCUUGCCAGUUGAAGAAGACUUCUGUCUCGGUCAGUUGCUAAGAAAGAAUAUUCUCAUUGGAGGAGACAGUAUGGUUGAUAGAAAACCUGGAACCCUCUACACCAAAGACCCGGUUAGAUACUGGAUGGUUGUGGACCUUCUCCUUAUUGUGGAGUUUGCGAAAACUUUUGAAUCCUUCAGAAGCUUGGGCGAACUUGAUCAGAAGUGCCUCAUUUCUCACAUCGGAGGGGUGCUCCAUGUAGCAACCCAAUCAUUUUACUCAUAUUUCGAAGCCAAGUCGUCGACAUUGACAUUCCCGGAUGGCAUUAACGCUUUUGAAAGGAAGCUGUCGGAUAUGAAGAAGGAUGAGAAACGGUCCGAAUCUUUUAUAUUAUUCAGAUUAUAUCUGAAUUCCAGUUUUUACAGAAAAGUCUUUCUCAACUACUAUGCCGAAAUGUACAACGCGCCUGUGAAUGAGUUCCUAAAAAAUAAAAUCACCAUGACCGAAUAUGCUUUCUUCAAGUCCAUUUCUCUUUUCUCUCCAGACAACCUGGAGAUGUCCGAAACUGGACGAACUAUUGUCAAUGAGGAGCGACAGCGACUAACCACACUUCUCCGAAAAUAUUUGGUUGCAGAGUACGGAUUUAAAAUCGGGAUGAGCCGAUUCUCGUUCAUUCUGAUGGGGAUUUCCACUUUCGUUAACUUUGGAGAGAAACGUCGGGAUUACAUUUCGUUGAUGAAUGUGUUGGAAUUCGACAUUGCGAACAUAGGAAAAGAUAUAUAUCUCCGAAAACCAAUUGACAUGAUGUAA